AUGCAAUUGCUUAAGGAGUCUUUACCUGAAGAUAACAUCGUGCUUGAUAACUAUUAUCAGACGAAGAAGUUAGUGAGUAGCUUGUGUUUGCCAGUUGAAAAGAUUGAUUGUUGUGAAUCAGGAUGUAUGUUGUAUUGGGGUGAUGAUGAUGGACACCUUACAUCUUGUAAAGAUAUUCGUUGUAUAAGCGUUGUGUUGGCUCUCGUAAGAGGAAAUUGGUCCCUUACAAGAGAAUGUCCCAGCAAUCCCAAACAUAAAAUUGAUGUUUAUUUGCAACCCCUAAUUAAGGAGUUGACCUUGUUGUGGGAGACAGGUGUGGAAGCAUUUGACAUCUCAAAAAGGCAAAACUUUCAAUUAAGGGCAGCUUUGAUAUGGACAAUUAGUGACUUUCCUGCAUAUUCUAUGUUAUCGGGAUGGAGUACUGUAGGUAAAUUAGCAUGUCCUUAUUGUAUAGAGGAAACACAAUCUUUUAGAUUGCAGCAUGGAAGAAAACAAUCCUGGUUUGAUUGCCACAGAAUGUUCCUUGACCAGCACCACCCAUUUAGGAGAGAUCAAAAGAACUUUCUUAAAGGCCAGACUGUCAGAAGACCUCCCCCAACAAAUAGAACAGGAGAGGAAAUUUUGGACCAGAUUUGUAAUUUAGGGAUAAUAAAUGUAACAGAGUUAGAUGCAGAACAAGUUAGUAAAAUAAUAUGUAAGAUAUGUGGGUGGAAAAUGCGAAGCAUCUUUUGGGAUUUGCCAUACUGGAGUUCUAACAUGAUUCGACAUAAUCUUGAUGUUAUGCAUAUUAAGAAAAACUUCUUUAAUAAUAUACUUAACAAUGUUCUUAAUUUUGAUGACAAAACUAAAGAUAAUCCGCAGUCACGGUUAGAUACGGCAAAAUAUUAUGAUCGACCUCAAUCGGGAAAGGAUAGUAAUGGCCAAUAUCCAAAAGUUGUCUAUACAUUAGACAAGGAAGCAAAAGCGAUCUUGUUUAAUUGGGUGAAAUGCUUAAAGUUUCCAGAUGGGUAUGUUUCAAAUUUAGGUAGAUUGCCAGACACAAAUGCGAAAAGUGAAACAUCUUCCUGUGCACUUCCAUAUGAAGCAAGGGUUGCUGGACCUGUGCAAUAUCGAUGGAUGUAUCCUUUUGAAAGGUAUUUGGGAACUCUUAGAAAGAUGAUUAUGAAUAAAGCUAGUGCUGAGGGUUCCAUUUGUGAAGCGUACUUGAUGAUGGAGUCAACACAACUAUUUUCUCAUUAUUUUGAACCUCAUGUCAUGUCACGAAAUCAUAAUGUGGAUCGUAAUGACGAUGGUGGUGUUGUGGAAGAUCUUAAAGGAAAUCUUUCAAUAUUCUCCCGUCCAGGUCGACUUUGGGGAGAAGCAAAGAAAAGAGAUUUAAUCUUAGAUGAAAUCAAGGCGGCUCAAACUUAUAUUUUACUAAAUUGUGAGGAGGUUGAGCCAUUUGUGAGUAUGUACCUGCAAUAUUUGGAAGAAGAAUUUUCGAAUCUCUCUCAAAGCGAAAUAGACGAGAGCCAUGAAGAAAAUUUCACUAUAUGGUUCAAGGGAUAUGCUCGGUGUAAUCCCAUUGAAAAUGAAUACUUGCGUAGUCUUGCUCGUGAACCAUUAAUAGGAGCUACAUCUCAUUCAGUUUAUUUUGUUAACAGAUAUAAAUUUCACACAGAAUGUCAUGGUAGCAUGAGAUCAACAAUGAAUAGUGGAGUUUGUAUCUCGGAUCCAAAUUUUGGGGAUUAUUAUGGGCGAAUAAAAGAGAUCAUACAAGUGGAAUACCACGAAGCACCUUUAAAGCAAAUUGUGUUAUUCAAAUGCGAAUGA